CCUGCCCAAGUGGAAAAAAGGCCAGCAAAACAGCACUAAUUCACCCAGAUUCGGUCCUCUUUUGUCUCUCAUUAAGAACAUAGACCGUUGGUUAUCCCGCACGUCGUUUUUUUCUCUGGAUUUCGGCGUUUUUUUGUACGUAAUUCACAACUCGUUUGGAUCUUUUCGUCAGAAAAACUUUUUUUGUACCUGAAAACAUGUCGGCUCCCAAGACUCUGUACGACAAGGUUUUCGACAGCCACAUUGUCGACAAGCAGCAAGACGGCACUUAUUUGCUGUAUAUUGACCGUCACUUGUGUCACGAGGUUACUUCUCCCCAAGCUUUUGAGGGUUUGCGCACUGCUGGCCGUAAAAUCCGCCGUCCCGAGCUUACUCUGGCCACCGUUGACCACAACAUUCCCACCGACUCGCGUAAGGGUCUGAAGGAUGUUGCUUCUUUCAUUCACCAACCCGACUCCCGCACCCAGGUGAUGGCUCUGGAGGCUAACGUGAGAGAGUUCAACUUGACGUACUUCGGCAUGAGCGACAGACGUCAAGGUAUUGUCCACGUUAUCGGUCCCGAGCAGGGUUUCACCCUUCCCGGCGUCACCCUUGUUUGUGGUGACUCUCACACAUCCACACACGGUGCCUUUGGUGCCUUGGCUUUCGGUAUCGGUACCAGUGAGGUCGAGCACGUCAUGGCCACCCAAACCAUUCUCCAGCGUAAGAGCAAAAACAUGCGUGUCCGUGUGAACGGCAAGCUCGCUCCUGGCCUCUCCUCCAAGGAUCUUAUGCUCCACAUUAUCGGUGUGAUCGGUACUGCUGGUGGUACUGGUUGUGUCAUCGAGUUUGCCGGUGAGGCCAUCGAGGCUCUCAGUAUGGAGGCCCGUAUGUCCAUGUGUAACAUGUCCAUCGAGGCCGGUGCCCGUGCCGGUAUGAUUGCUCCCGACCAGGUCACCUUCGACUACGUCAAGGGUCGUCCCUUGGCGCCCAAGGGCGAGGACUGGGAGGCCGCUGUUGCCUACUGGAGCACCCUCAAGUCUGACGCUGACGCCAAGUACGACAUCGAGGUUGAGAUCGACGCUGCCGACAUUAUCCCCACCGUCACCUGGGGUACUUCUCCUCAAGACGUUAUUCCCAUCAACGGUCUCGUCCCCGACCCCGCCAACCUGACCGACCCCGUCCGUAUUGCUUCCGUCAAGCGUUCUUUGGAGUAUAUGGGUUUGGAGCCCAACACUCCCAUCACCUCAUACAAGAUCGACAAGGUCUUCAUCGGUUCCUGCACGAACUCUCGUAUCGAGGAUUUGCGUAUUGCCGCUGCCGUGGUCAAGGGCCGCAAGGUUGCCAGCAACAUCAAGGAUGCCAUGGUUGUCCCUGGUUCGGGUUUGGUGAAGGCCAAGGCUGAGCGUGAGGGACUCGACCAAAUCUUCAUCGAGGCUGGCUUCGACUGGCGUGAGGCCGGUUGCUCCAUGUGUUUGGGUAUGAACCCCGACCAGCUCGAGCCCUAUGACCGUUGUGCUUCGACCUCGAACCGUAACUUCGAGGGCCGUCAAGGUGCCAAGGGUCGUACUCACUUGGUCAGCCCUGCCAUGGCUGCUGCUGCUGCUAUUAAGGGUUACAUGUGUGAUGUCCGUGAGUACUUGGGUGUCCAAGGCUCCGGCGAAGUCCGUGUGUGGAACAAGAAGUACGAGCCCGCUCCCGAGGCCGACGGCGAAAUUGUUAUGUCUGUUGACGAGGCCACCGACGCCGUCACCGACUCGAACGACGUCACCACGAGCUUGCCCGAGGCACAAGGUGUCGCUGCUGGUGGCAUUCCCAAGUUCACUGUUGUCUCUGGUGUUGCUGCUCCCUUGCCUAUUGCCAACGUUGAUACGGACAAAAUUAUUCCCAAGCAAUUCUUGAAGACUAUCAAGCGUACUGGUCUGGGCAAGUUUGCUUUCUAUGAAAUCCGUUAUGACUCUAACGACAAGGAGUUGCCUGACUUUGUCUUGAACAAGGAGCCUUACCGUCAUGCCUCUAUCCUUGUUGCUCACGACAACUUUGGUUGUGGUAGUUCUCGUGAGCACGCCCCCUGGGCCUUGAACGACUUUGGCAUUCGUGUCAUCAUCGCUCCUUCCUUUGCCGAUAUUUUCUUCAACAACUGCUUCAAGAACGGUAUGCUCCCCAUCCCCAUGCCCGAGAGCACUGUGAACGAGUUGAUGAAGGCUGCCGAGGAGAAAAUUCCCUUCACCGUUGAUCUCGUCAACCAAGUCAUCAAGGUUGGUGAGAAGAGCAUUCCCUUCGACGUUGAGCCCUUCCGCAAGCACUGCUUGGUUAACGGUCUUGACGACAUUGGAUUGACUAUGCAAAAGGCCGACAAAAUUGACAAGUUCGAGGCUGAGCGUGAGGCCAACUAUCCUUGGAUGAAUAUCAAGCGUAGCAGCCCUCGUUUCAAGCCCGUGAAAACCAAGAAACCUGCUGGCAAGAACGACUGGUAAACACGCACUCCUGUUUGUUCCCAAUCUCGUCUUUUUGUUCUUCCCCCCCUCCGACGUGCUUGUUUAACUUUCCUUGCGCCGAAACCGUAAUACCCGUAACACGAUAGAUAUUCAGUAUUUAAACACAAGCCGCAGCAUUCCAAAUGCAGCAAUAUACAAUUGGUCCUUACAGUUUGUACAUAUUCAUGGUUCGAGGAGGCUCAGGAGUCGGUUCUUGACGAAGCGCGGGAGACAGUGUUGCAACUGAAAGC